AUGAAAAUUGAGACACCGACGAAAGACGCGUUGAAAGUUAUUCGACUGUUGGGAAAUCGAAGUGUCUAUCAUGUGAACAUCGACGAAUUCAUCAAAGUGUCGCUCUUGGUGAAACAGCAACAAAAUGCGGGAAAUCUAAUGACGUCAGUCGAUUUGCAUCGAUUCAGUGACCAAUCGAUUUUGGCAUUUGUGAACUAUAUUCAAUCCAAAGAGAUCAAGAACUCCUUGACAUAUUAUGCUAUCGCUGAAUUGAUUACCCUAGCCAAUACAUUUCACAUGACAGACUUCAAAAAAGAUUUGGAAGAAAAUCUGAUGCCAGCUGCUAGAAUUUCACCGGCCGAUCUUCUUCAAACUCUCAUCAUUUGCGAUGUGUCAUCGGUGUCGAUUGAAACCGAGAAGGCGCUGCAACAGAUUGGAGUCGAGCAAAUCGAGAAGCUCGCCGAAUUGCCUGACUUCCACAAAUUACCGUAUGGCCAACUAUAUCAAAUACUAACGAAUUGUGAGAUAUCCGUUCCGCAUGAGAUGUUCAUCGCUGAUGUCGCACUUUUGUGGCUGAAUAGUCAAACCCAUAUCAGUCAAUUCGUUCCGGGACUCUUUUCAUGUAUUCGAGCAAAAUAUUUGACUCCGAUUGACAAAACAUUAAUUGUUGAACGGAUUAAUAUGCUUUGCAUGUCCAGCAAGAUUGUUCGAUUUGUUCGAAAUUACCUCGAAUCUCCUGGAGGUCAGCGUGUUUGUAUGGAACCGAAUCAUUUGAAAAAGAAUUUGCCAAGAUGCGGUCCGAUGACGACAAUGAUCAGCGCAAGCACGUACAGCUCACUUCCAUUGAGCAAACCAAACUUUUCCAUAAAAAUCAAGAAACCAUUGAAGAGUGAGAAAAACAAGGAGCAAUCGAAGAAAUCGAAAAAGAAGAAGGUGGUUAAUCAGACAUCGAAUGCACAUGUGAUGGACCUAAUCGAAAUGGAAUCGGCGGCGUUGAAGUCGGCAAAACCGAGGAGAAAGAAAAAAGUGAAGAAAACGAGAAGAUGUGCGUGCAUUGAAUUUAUCAAGAAUUCGUGUGCAUCGUAA